AUGUCAAUAAAUGAUGUUCCUAAAGGCGGUUUGAACUCAUCUAAAUUAGUACCUUUAAAAUGUUCAUGCCCGCCAGAUUGCAAGUGUAGUGAUAAAAAUCCAUCUUAUUGGAAACAUAAACCAUGUUAAGAGCUUACUUAUAUCACAGAUAAAGGGGAUAUUAUUUGCAAAAAUCAUUUAACUAAAUGCAAAGGUUAUUUUAUAAAAGAUGCUUCCUUUGAAUGUGACCAGAAAAAGCCUAAUACCUGUUAUCAAUAUAAGUCUAUUUCCUAGUUUCUAAUGGCUAUAGCAUAAGGUCUUCAAGCUGCUGAGUUCUCACUACAAGUUGAAGAUUUGAUUGUGUUUUCGACUUCUUUAAACACAGAAGUAGUUAAAAGAUGGAAUUCGUGA